AUGCCAGAAUCGGCGACCAUGCCCGAAUCAGCGACCAUCCAGGAACAAGGUCCUCGUUCAUGGAGGCCAUCACUAGCGUCGCCCAAAGAUCACGCUGACGCCCUAGCAUCACCAAAAGGUGACGGCUCAAGAGCCGAUGACGAUGCCUCGACUCCUGGCUCAUCGACCGUAGAUCCAGAUGAAGAAGAUGCGUUUUUUAAGAAGAAACAUGAACAUGAUAUGUCAGGACUGGUUGGUAUGUAGUAUAUCAUUAAAAAGCGGACGUCUUCAUGAACCUCCCAUCACCUCUUGUUGAUCAUGAUCACGAGGUAAUUUACCUGUAUUAAAAAAAAUGGUCGAUCUAGAUUAUAGAAGUAUUCCUGGUGGCAUCCUACUUUGCUGGGACGAUGAAGCGGUCUUCAUGUCUAAUUCUUGGAGAAACAAAUUUUCUUCUCCAACGGGACAUAUCGCGUCGAUGUCCACCUCCGCGUCGAUGUCCACCUCAGCUUUGCCUUCUCUAGCAGCUACGGACUCCAUAGGAGGUUGUAUGCCUCCUUCAAUGGCAGCCACGGACUCCUUGGACAGUUGUCCACCUGGCGUUGUGCAAACAGGGAGUAGCGCUUCAUCUUCCAGCUCUUCGUCGUCAGCAAAACGAGAAGAGGACAAUCAGGACAAUCCUAUUUAUGGCAGGUCGUGGAGCUCAUAAUUUCUGGUUGAGGAAGAGAAUACGAUGAGAUAAAGAACAAGAGGAAUUUGAAAAUUGAUAGACGUGGCUUUGUGGUAGAGGUGGGUUUUGUAAUACUUCCUUGUAAGUAAUUGAAAUUUAUGUUUGCUCUCCCAUGGAGGUAAGGUCGCUCUCCCCUGGAGGUACUUCCCCACUGGAUGGUCUCACAAGUAGUGGCUAAUAGCUACAUAAGAGGCACCAUGACAUGGCAUGCACCUCUACAUCGAAAUCAAUCGCUCUCAACAAGCAGUACUACUGAAAUAAGUAUUCACCUCUCAGCAAGUUACAAGUAGAAGUGCCACUACAUGAUCUAGUACAUCUACCUCUCUACUCAUUACUGACGGACAACUGCUUGUAGUACUCAUUCCCCCUAGUACAACAUCGUCAGCUUUUCAAGUAUAUAUUUACAAGGCUUCGUCAGCUUUUCAAGUAUUUAAGUAGUACUCAUUCUCAUUCUUACUACAACAUCUUCAUGAUCCUCAACCGUGUCUCCUUCUCCUAAUAACAAUCUUCAUGAUGCUCACCUUCUAACCUUUCUUUGAUCCCCGAAUCCUAGAGUUGUUGCGCAAGGACGCUGCGAUGGAGUGGCAGUAUCCGGGGAGGUACGAAGGCUACACGAUUGACGAUUUCGAUAUAGGAAAGCUGCUAGGACGCGGCAAAUUCGGAAAUGUCUAUCUGGCCAGAGACCGGUUGACUGUUAUGGCCAGAGACCGGUUGUAAGGGUAGAAUGUUUUUCGGAUUUUUUGAUUCGGAGAUUUUGAUUUGUUGAGUGGGUUAGAGGGUUGGACCAACGUUGAUAAUAUUGUCGAGGGGACUUUCAAGAUUUGCUGACUUGGAUGAAGGUUGAACAUCUGCAUGUUGUUGUUGUAGUUGAGUUAGAAGAAAAGAUAACUACUAAGUUCAACACCCACCUUGUUAGGGACGGAAUAGGGUUUCUCCAUAAGUAAGUUCCACACCCUACCAUUCUCCUCCUUAAACACCUUAUCCUCCUCCUCUAAUACCCGUUAUAUCGUUGCAUUGAAGAUCCUGCACAAGUCCCAAAUCAAGAAGCACCACGUAGUGGACAAUCUGAGACGAGAGAUCUUGAUUCAGUCGCAUCUUCGCCAUGAGAAUGUCUUGAGGCUCUUCUGCUUCUUCUGGGAUGACGAAAAAAUUUACCUAGCACUCGAAUGCGCGAAUAAAGGAGAGCUUUACGGGUACUAGUAUAGUACUAAGGUAAAACCAAAAACCAAACCAUGGAGUGAGUGUUCAAAAACCGCUUGCUCCUAUCGGAUAAGUUGCACUACCUAAGUAUGAGAAACUACAGUUGUUGUAGUGAUAGGAGUAAGAUGAAUUGCCUAGUACAAGAAGUCCUCUACUUCUCAACAACAAGUCUUCACAACUCAACAGGGUCCUCUCGAAGUACAAGCGAUUACCUGAAUAUGUGGCGGCAAAUUAUUUCCGGCAGAUGGUGAGAGCGAUUAACGCUUGCCACACCAAGCACGUCAUACAUCGGGACAUUAAGCCGGAAAACAUCCUGAUCAGCACCAGCGAUGACCCAUCUCAAGGCGACGUCCUCAAAUUGGCCGAUUUCGGAUGGUCUGUGCAUAUUAUGGCGAUGGACCGCUUUCACUUGAUGACGGACAUCUAAUCUACUGUACUCAUCUUCAUAUAAUUCGAUUCUGAUGUGUUUGGUUCAUAGCUCUUUCAAUCAAGUUUUGACUGUAACAAAAUCUCGACCUCCUUUCGUAUGAGUUGACUUGAAUUUUGUGCUUGAUGUAGGACAAGCAAUUUUCGUUGGGUACGAUCAAGCAGAGGAGAAGAGCAUCAGGUUUCCAAAAAACGGUUUCUAAUCCACUGCGUUCGGACGCAGACCGACGCACGACUCUGUGUGGCACGCUGGACUAUCUCAGUCCGGAGAUGGUGCGGAAACAGAGACAUGCCUACGGCGUCGACGUAUGGGCCUUGGGCAUAUUGCUGUACGAGUUCCUCUACGGUCGACCACCCUUCGAACGACGUGCGACAGAACAGCAGGACGAAACGCAGAGAACCUUUGAUUCUAUCCUUAUGGGGAAAAAACCGAAUUGUCGCUGCAGUACGAGGUCUACUUAGAUGUCGUCGUCGUUGUAUUACUUACAAAGCGCUCGCCCGCAACCACUUUGCUUGGAGUUUCUAAUUUUCUACAUGAAGAUGUUGUUUUCGAGGAGGAGGAAGGAGAAGUGCCAGUAUCAGAAGAGGCGAAAGACCUAGUACGCCGAUUCCUUGCGAAGAAAGCUACCGACAGAAUCAAACUCAGCGAAGCUUUACAUUAUGGAACCUUGUUGCCUACCUUACCAUUGCCUACCUAAGUACCUAUUGCCUAUAAUUAACCUACCUAAGUACCUCACAAGGAAUCGUUCAUAUUGUUUUUCCUCUUGUGCGCGUGAUGUAUCUAUCGGAUUUGGAGCACUCAGACGGACAGGAGGUCGUUGAUGCAACCCAGACCCACGACUGCGUCUACAGGGGUGCGAACCGUUCUAAUAACAGCACCCUUGGUUACAAAUGCAUCCUGAGGAACCGUUGCGAAUCGAGACCCUUGGCUUGGAGGAAUACGUUGAUCCGGAGAUGAUAGAUGGGUGAAACACGUUUCUGAUGAAGUAGAGGUGCGAGGUUUCUCCAGAAUGCGAGUCGGCCUAGACCUUGUUUUCUCCAUACGUAGUUCACCUAGUUUACAUCCGUAUAGAAACACUCUAGUAUUACAUCUCAGUAAUCAGCACAUGAUUUGGAUGUCUCCCUACUACAUGACAUAGCGCGCGCAAAAAAAAAUCAUUGCAGCAGAUUGAAGACGGGACACAUAUCAGCAAAACUGAACGCUUACUCCUAUCCACCCCUUCUCUUGAUGAAGACAUAGAAGACAUACUGCAGUACGUAGAACAACAAGCACGUCUGAAACUUACAAGGAGGUCCAUGACGUCUCAACCAU